AUGGAACUAUUCCUCAAAUUACCGGAUGAAUUAUUGGUUUUAAUCAUCAAAUAUAUCAAUGAUAAUUCACAAAUUGAAGAAUUAAUCACAAUCCCAAUUUUACAAAAAUAUGCUUUACAAGCAAGGUAUUUUAAAUUUCAACUUGUUUAUUGCAUGACAAUACCCCCUGAUGGAUCAUUAAAAGAUUUAAAAGCACUAUAUGAAGUAUACAAUUUUAAACCUUCUAAAAUAAUCGUUGAAGCAAACAAGUUGUAUGAAUUAUUAAUGUCAGACGAUGAAUUCCCGGACUCAGAAGAUGAAUUAGCUUUUGAAAUUGAAAAUAUGAAUCAAUAUUGUCAUGCUGAAUUUGAAAUCUUAGUUACAGAUCGUAUGAAUGUUCAAUUGGACUUGAUUUUAAAAAAACUCAAUGUGGUGGGGAUUCAUUUGUCAAAAGAUGAUCCAUUGGCUCCAAUGAUUGAUUGUGGUAUAGAUGCAUUUCAAGCUUAUUUACAAGCUAUUCAAUUCAGCAAUAUAAAGAUUUUGUCGACUGUUUAUGACUAUAAUUUUGUGGAUAACUUUCCUGUAUCUUUAAAAAAAUUGACGAUAGACAUUGAUUGUGAAGAUAAAUUUGAUAUGGAUUUUAUUGAAUUGCAGUGUCUUGAAUAUUUUGAAUGCUUGAAUUUGUUAGGGGUGGAGUCGUUGGAAGAUAUCCAAUUAUCUAGAACUGUUAAAACCAUUAAACUUAGCUGGUGUGAAUUUAAAACUUUGGGAAACUUGAAGAUCUACAAUGUUUUGAAGUACAUUGAGAUCUUUGAAUGUGAAAAUUUAUUUGAAAUUAUCAAGUGUUCUUUUCCUCAGUCAUUAGAAACUUUGGUAUUAAAUAUUUGUUACAGUCGAGACGAGAUUACUGAAUUGUAUGACUCUGUGAAACAAGGAUCGACCAAUGAAUUUGAAUUGUCAGACUUCACAAGAGAUGGAGAGUCAUUUCUUUUUGGAUCCAAUUUUAAACUUCCCUCGAAUACAAAAAUUUUGAAAAUUAAUGGGUCUUAUAUGAUUGAGUUGGAAAGUGACCUUUGCUUCAAAUUCCUCAAUACUUUAGAGCUUAGUGAUAUUAAAAACAUUGAUCUAUGCCAUCUUUUCACCUCAUUACCAAAAAAUAUGUUAAAACUCAAAAUUGAAUUUUGUGAAUUAUUGGAGGUUAAUAAGUCCUUAAAUUUUCCCAACAUACAGCAUUUUGACUUCUCAUGUAACAUUUUAUCGAAUAUUUUUCAAAUAAAUUUAAAGCAGUUAAGAAAUUUAAAUCAUUUUGACGUCACUUGGAACGCUUUGGUUGCACCUGACAUUAAAGAUGAAAGGCUCGAUCCAUCUUGUUUCUUAUUAGAUGAAAUUAAUGUUUUUGAAGGAACUAGCGAGUACUCAAAUAAAAAGAGGAAAGUAUUUGAAGUGACUAAAAUAUUACAAAUUGAUAUAUCUACUAUUACACAUUUGAAUUUAGGUAAAUCCUCCUAUCGAAUCCCAGAAGUUCCGAUUGUUAUUAACUCGAAUAACACAAUUCAGCUUCCUUCUCAAAUUUGUAUACGAGGCUGUACAACAUUAAAGGAUUUGACCUUGUCAGGGUUGAGUAUUAAAGAGAUAGAUUUGAACAAUUUUCCUUGUUCUUUACAAUCAUGA